AUGUCCGAACGCGCCGCAUCGAGCGGUAUCGGUGCGUCAACAUCCUGUGAUGUGAACGAACUCUCACGCAUCGCCGAUACCGACCGCGCAGCACUCUUGGAGUUCGUCAACGAGUGCGUUGACUCUAGAGAAGAUGAUGAAGAUGAAGAUGAAGAUGAAGACGAAAAUCAUCGAACGUCGAAUACGCGCACACGGUUGAUGGCGUUCAUGCGAACGUUGGAGCGUUACAGAGAGCGGGCGGUGCUAUUGGAUCCGCUGUUGGAGGCACUCAUAAGCCCUUUGACGAAGACUGUCGCCGAAGAGGUGUCGAGCGAGCGAACACACUCGAGACGCGUCCUGAGAUGUUGUGAGGCGCUGGACGCGAUAUCGAGCCUUCGAGGUUGGAAAACGUGUGUACGAUUCUAUCCCAACUCUACUAAGUAUCUAGAGCCCGCGGUUCGUAUGCUGCGAGACGCCCGAACAUUCGACAGGAGUCGAAGAGUCAGCUGGGAGGUGCAGCGCGUCACACUCGCGUGGCUUUCGCUUCUCGCUCUGGUUCCGUUCGAUUUACUGACCAUCGAUAGCGACAUGGACGCGACGUCGAGCGAUGUGAACACAAUUCCCAGAGUCGUACGGGUUCUGAUGUACGAAUGCAAGCUCUUUCUAGGAGACCCAGGAGCGUGUCGGGAUGUCGCGGCACAGACGCUUGCGAAGCUCGUCACUCGUCCCGACAUGAAGAGUGUCCUGCGUGAUUUCAUGUCAUGGUCGAGCUCGGCGCUUCGUGGGGACGUCAAUGUGGAGAGCGAGUCGAUGUUUUUGGUACCCGGCAUACUUCGCACUUUGGCGGCUAUAUACAAAAUUGGACGACGGGAUGCGCUGUUGGAAUUCGCUGAGUCUUCAUGGCAAGACGUUGAGAAUACUCGUGAGACAAAUCUGGCGAAAGAUUCAACCUUGAUACGACAGCUGAGUAUAAAACUGGCGUGUCGUGUGGGACUGGCGUUCUUGAAACCUCGUGUAGUGUCUUGGCGAUACGACAGAGGAUCUCGUCGAUUAGAAGAUAAUAUCAGAGGCUCGAGCAACGUCAAUGAUGAGGAAAGAUUGGCGAUUGCGAUUCAUGACGAUGACGAUGGUGAAGAUGUUCAUGUCGCAAUUGAUGGAAUCGUGGAGAUAUGCCUUCGUGGUUUGCGGGACUCUGAGACGUUCGUCCGCUGGGGUGCCGCCAAGGCGCUAGGACGAAUCGCUUCGCGUCUGCCGCAAGACUUCGCCGAUGAAAUCGUAGGAGCAAUAUUGGAGUGCUUUUCAGUGAUCGAGAACGAUUCCACAUGGCACGGCGCCUGUUUAGCGCUGGCAGAGUUGGCUAGAAGAGGAUUACUUCUACCGAACAGACUCUCCGAGGUGGUUCCGUUGUGUGUGCAGGCGUUGACUUACGACGUUCGUCGAGGAGCGCACUCAAUUGGAGCGCACGUUCGCGACGCCGCUGCAUACGUGUGCUGGGCGCUUUCACGCGCGUAUGCGCCGGAUGAUUUCGCGCCUUUCGUACAUGGGCUUGCGCCGACGCUUCUAAUGGUCGCUUGUUUCGACAGAGAAGUCAACUGCCGACGUGCGGCGUCGGCUGCAUUUCAGGAAGCCGUUGGACGACUCGGUAAGUUUCCUCACGGAAUCGACAUCGUAAACUUUGCGGAUUAUUUUUCACUCGGAUCAAAGACGCGAGCCGCUUUAGAUGUGGCUCCAUUCGUUUGUCAGUUUGUGGAGUAUCGCCGUCCUCUAAUGGAGCACGUACUGGAUGUGAAGCUCACACACUGGGAGUGUUCAACUCGGCGUCUCGCCGCGCGCGCAAUCGGCAUUCUAGGGGAUCUGGACCCCGAAUGGGUUGCUGAAGUCGGCGUCGAGACAGUACUUGCACGCACGAGAAGUUUGGAUUUGCCCUCACGCCACGGUUCUAUAAUUGCGCUGGGCGAAAUGCUGCUUGUGACCAGUCGCAUGAUUACGCGUCUUGACAGCGAUGUGAACGUAAGGGUGCUCAAUCUUAUUAGCGAGAUUGGUAAUGAGGUGAUUUUCACCGGUGAAGGAGGAUUAUUGAUACGAAGUGCGACGUGUCGACUCAUCGAAUGCGUUGCACGAGCGGUCGGAAGUGUGUCGAUGGAUGCGUAUACUCGAGAUGCUCUGGUUGCUAUCGCGGAAGCGAGUAUGGAGUCGUCCAGCGAAGAUGUUCAGUCUGCAGCUUCAAGCGCAAUUUGUGCACUCGCCGACGCACGAUUUCCCGUUGAUAACGCUGCGGACAUGCGUCGUCUCGUGAUGAAUCACGUCGCACUCUUGCAAUCAGAUUCUCACGUCGUUCGUCGCGGCUCUGCGCGUUUACUCGGUGGUCUACCCGUAUCAGUUCUCAUGGGGCGGAGCGUAGAUGGCGUAGCAUCUUGGCGAGUCAUCAUUGAUAGUCUCGCCAAGACUGUCGCAGACUCUCAUGUUGAAACUCGAGUGUGCGCUGUUAUGAGCCUUGCAGAGCUGACAUGCACUGUGCUUCGUAAUUCAGGUGGCGUGACGAGUGGCGCAGACGUUGCAUUCGUUGGUGAGCACGUCGUCGAUGCGCUGUUAACGUGCUUAUCCGAUUAUACCACGGACAACCGCGGCGAUGUCGGAUCUUGGUUGCGUGAAGCUGCGAUGAAGGCGCUCCCUCUCGUGAUCGGUGCAAUUCAAUCGCGCGUCGUCGAAGUCGACGCGCAUCGUUGUCGACAGGUCAUAUCUGGCGUUUUGAAACAGGCGUUCGAAAAAAUAGAUCGAGUGCGAUGUCAAGCACUCGUGACGCUGACUUUGCUUGCUCGGGGAGGAGAGCCAAACCGACAAGAGACACGAAUAGCUUACGGCGUAACAGUGCGUGCGCUGUACCAGGCACCAUGUGGGCUAGCCAUUUUACGCGAUGUGCUUCCUGAGACCGUCGAGGGCGCUCUCGAUGCCUCGCACGCAGCUAGCCUUUUUGACACGAUGCGUUCGAUGCUCUGCGUGGAGGAUUACGCAUACGACGUACUGAGUGGGUGGUUUUUGAGCGCUGGGAGUUUGGGUGACAGCUUGGCUCGGUUCUCCACCGAUGCGUUGCUACGAGCGAUGAGUGAAUACGACGGAGUUCCUACGCUCGUUGUGCAAUCGAUCGUGAAGACUCUACGAGAGAACAAGCACAACGAUCGAGUAACGAUCCCAGUGCUGCGCGUGUGCGAUGUGCUCAUGUCCAGAGGCGUCGUCGAUGGUUCGAACGUACCUGUGGAACUCAUCGACGCCGUUCGCGCCGAGUUAUACUCAAGUCGCGACAUCUCAAAGCUCCUCGCAGGAUGCGCGUGUCUUUCUCACUUUGUGCGCUCGGCGAAUGAGGGAUUACACAAAUCUUCUACGCUCGGUAUGCUCGCGCUCCUCGCGAACAAGUUCCCACGCGUGCGCUCGGCCACAGCUGAGCACAUGUAUCUUGCUCUGUUGUCUCUGCAUGAGCCUUCACGUGACGACGAAGACGCAACGCAUCUGCUUUCAUCAAAUUGUUGGGAUGCUCCAACGAGCGCCACGAAAGACGUCCGCAAGCAGUUGUACGCGGCGUUUGGACUGGAGCUUCCGCCGUUCAUGCUGAAGGAGUGCACUCGCGCCGCGAAAGCGAAAGCAGUCGACGGAGAAGGCAACUACGCCGCCCUCGUGCACGACGUCGGUUUUUAG